CAAUGGUGAUGUAACUGAAAAGUGGCUUUGGGGAAUGAAAAGACGGGUGCGAUACAAGGGAAGAAAAAAGAUUUAUUGAAGUAGGCGGUGGACGCAGCCUUAAAUCCCUCAAAAUGCCCCAAGAGAGAGACAGCAGGAGCAGCAGAAAAAUUUGGGAGGUCAAGCCCUGAAGGCAAGACAAAGGAGUGGGUUUCCAGUUAUGGCGAUGGAGGCGAUAGACCUGUCUUUUCUCUCAGAGGUAGAGAGGGACUUCAUCAUUCGGGUUCUCCAGAGAGAUGAAGAACUGCGGAAAGUGGAAGAGAGAAGAAUUAGGCGCCUGAAGAAUGAGUUGCUGGAGAUCCGGAGGAAAGGGGCCAAGAGGGGCAGCCAGCGGUACAGCGAGCGGACCUGCGCUCGUUGCCAGCAGAGCCUGGGACGGGUCAACCCAAAAGCCAACACCUGCCGGGAUUGCAAUCACCUGGUUUGUCGCGACUGCCGCUCCUACGAAGCCGACAGCUGUUGGCGCUGCAAAGUUUGUGCCAAGGAGGCGGAGCUAAAGAAAGCCACCGGAGACUGGUUCUAUGACCAAAGAAUGCAUCGCUUUGCUCCUCGACUGGGCAGUGACAUCAUCCGCAUGUCUCUUCGGCGCAAACCACAGGCUAGCAAAAGAGAGACAACAAGCCAAGUGCUUCUUCAGAAAGCUCAACGCAAGGACCCCAAAAGUGGCUCUGAAGCGCCCCCCAAAAGUCCCCAGCAGCAACGCAAGGAACACAGCUUGAUCUCUGAUUCCUCUGAGCUACGGGAUCCCAAAAGUGACACAGAAUCUACUGAGAACAUGAGCUUGGAUGGCUCGCGCCCAGCCUCUGGUCCCACUUCUACUCGAUCUAGCCCUCGCCAGGAGAAGACGAAUACUCUCAGCCCACCGGGGCCCAAGGUGUCCAGCCUAACCCUUCCUGCUGGCUUUAAGGAGACUCCCCACUCCGAUUCAGAAAGCGAAGCCCUCUGGGGGACUCAGAGUGCAGUUUCCGCAGAUGAAAAUGAAGUCUUGUUCAAAAAAAAUCCAAGGAGAAUUCAGAGGCCGUCAGAAUACACAAAGUCCGUGAUUGACCUCCGACCAGAAGAUGCGGUCGGUGGAGUUCUGGGAGACAGAAGCAAGUCAGUCCCAGGCCUCAAUGUCGAAGCGGAGGAGGAGGAAGAAGACAUAGAUAGUUUAGUUGAAAUUCAUCGGAGAAGGGCGGGCCGAAAUAGCAUACGCAGUGGUACAUCUUUGAGCACUCUGGGAAGCAUGGUCAGCAUUUACAGCGGGGCAGGUGACUUUGGUAACAUCAGCGUCACGGGGGAGAUCGCUUUCUCCUUGAGCUACGAAGAAAAAACGCAGGCCUUUUUUAUCCAUGUGAAGGAGUGCCGCCACCUGGCAUAUGCUGACGAAGCCAAGAAGCGCUCCAACCCAUAUGUGAAGACAUAUCUUUUGCCAGACAAAUCUCGUCAAGGCAAGCGAAAAACUACCAUCAAACGUAGCACCGUCAAUCCCCUUUACAACGAAUUGCUAAAGUACGAGAUCCAGAAGUCUCUUCUGUUGACCAGAACUUUACAGUUCUCUGUUUGGCAUCAUGACCGCUUUGGACGGAAUCACUUCUUGGGCGAGGUGGAUAUCCCGAUGGAUGCCUGGAAUUUCGACAGCCAGUUGGAAGAGUGUCUUCCCCUACAUGGCAAGAACCUCGGAGAAGCUUCUUCUUCUUCUCAGUACAAAGGCGAGAUAGUGGUAUCCUUGAAGUUCAUCCCACCAGCUAAACAUCUCAGUGCAGGAAAUGGGAAGAAAGGCAAAAAGGAAGAAGGCGGUGAACUUCAGGUCUGGAUCAAAGAAGCCAAGAACUUGACUGCAGCCAAAUCCGGCGGGAUGUCGGACAGCUUUGUCAAGGGGAAUUUGCUCCCUCUGAAGAACAGGACAGCAAAGAAGAAGACCCCCGUGGUGAAGAAGAGUCUGAACCCUCACUACAAUCACACGCUGGUCUACAAUAACAUCUUUGCGGAGGAUUUGUACCACAUCUGUCUGGAACUCACAGUGUGGGACCGAGAGCCUUUGUCCAGCAAUGAUUUCUUGGGUGGCGUCCGGCUUGGAGUUGGCAACGGAAUGAGUAACGGCCAAGCAGUCGAUUGGAUGGAUUCCACGGGCGAGGAGAUAAACCUGUGGCAGAAAAUGCGCCAGUACCCAGGAUCUUGGGCCGAAGGGACCCUUCCUCUUCGGGCCACCAUGAUCAAGACGAAGCCGUAAUUUUGUCCCCGCUUGCUUGGACAAUCAAAAUCUGGGGGAAUAAAAGAGGCGGGUAAUCUGGAGAGCUGGCCCCAAAACUGUCCAGAUCGCUUACCACAGGAGCUCAUUUUGCAACAGCUGUUCAGACAGGCUCCUUCUAAAGAAGGGAAUAUAUUCUGGCCAGCUGUUUUAUUUCGGAGAUUCGUACUUUUUUUGCAAUAUUGUUGGUGCUCGAGCUCUUUUCGGCGUCUCAAAGUGCCUUUUAAUUUCCCUCCCCCCCUGUUCUUUUCUUCUCCUUCCUGCUCCCUUUCCUGUGCUGUCCUCGUUUUUGUUUUGUUUUUUUAAAGCCCUUUGGGUGUAAGCUGUAUUUGUACAUCCGGUUUUAAAUGUCACUGCUGCCUUCUUUCUUUGUCAGCAGGAAAGGGUCAUUGAAAUAAAGUUCAAAUCCAUCCUGCAGAAGCUGCAGGAAUUCAA